AACACUAAUAAGAAAACGAUUGGGCUUCUCUGCUGUCAAUUUUGAAUUUUCGACUUUAUCCACUUUGAACUAAAAAAAAAUUGAUAAAAAAAAGAAAAAAAGAGUUGUUCUUCAUGGAAGAAUCCGAUUCCGUACUCCCGACGUCGUCCUUCAUAAACCCCAGCCUUCUCCUACUCCCCAUCAGUGUCUUGUGUUGUCAACAUUUCGUUCUGCUUUAAAUUUCGAAGAAGAAAAAGAAGAAGAAACAGAGCAGCUGAAGCAGAGAGAAAGACAAUGGUUGUGUUGUCUACGAAAGGACGUGAAGAAAGAGGAGCGAUUGUGAGGACGAAGGCAGUGGAAAUGAGAAAGGAGGAGGAUAUCUUGGUUCCUCCCUCGAAUUUCUCGAUGGUUGAGAGAGGGAUCUACAGAUCUGGUUGCCCUAAUGAUUCCAAUUUUGGUUUCCUUGAAACCCUAAAUCUUCGAUCAAUCAUAUACUUGUGUCCUGAACCGUACCCGGAAGUUAACUCUGAAUUUCUUCGAACUCAUAAUAUCAAGCUUUUUCAGUUUGGGAUUGAAGGUUCCAAGGAGCCUCUUGCGACUAAUCCCAAGGAUGCCAUUACAGAAGCUUUGAGGGUCCUACUUGAUGUUCGAAAUCAUCCGGUUCUGAUCCAUUGCAAACGUGGAAAGCAUCGGACAGGUUCCCUAGUGGGUUGCUUGAGGAAACUGCAGAAUUGGUGCUUGUCUUCUGUGUUUGAGGAGUACCAGCGAUUUGCUGGUGUCAAAGCCAGGGUAUCAGAUAUGAGGUUCAUCGAGAUGUAUGAUGUCUCAUCUUUGAGACAUUGUCUCUACAGCAUCAUCUAUCGUUACCAGGGGUAUGGGAUCCACAAUAGACGUCUUGUUUACCCAGAGGACAACUUACAGAAGCCACAGAUAACUUCCAGUUGAAUUGAAUCGAAUUGUAUAGCCCCUUCUGCUUUUGCAGAAAGUCACACACAAGUUUCACAUAGCAAGAAAAUACCAGCAAUACUUUUCCGGGACUUCUCUUAAUUUGCUCUUAAGAGCUCUAUACCUCCACUUUGACUCAGUCCUUUUUGUCCCUUUUUUCUUUACAUGGAAAACGUAGGUUCAAAUAUUUUUAUGUCAACCUGCGUUGUAAUUUGACUUUAUACAUCUGUAAAUAGACUUGGAAAUUGUGAACUACCACAACCCUUCUCUUUGGAAGAAAAGGAUAUUUUCCUUACACAAGGAGGAGCCGUUCUCUUUUCCCUGAAAAUGCCCUUGGUGGGAAUAUGUAAUAACACUUGUAUCUUACUUUACUGAGAGCUGAUAGUAGUAUAUAAAGUACAAGUCAUUUCCAGUCGUUUCUUGAAAAUUCCC